UGUCUUUAAGUACCAGUAUGCAGAGUCCUAUGGACGUUCGUCGAGAACGCUCUGCAAAUGACAGUGUAUAUGCUUCUUGGAAAUACGGUAGUUUAUCCACCAGUCUCCAAGGACAAAGUUUUUUGAGAUCAGGGGGAAGCACAUUAGAAUCAGAAGAUGGGUUUGGAUGUGAAGAACUUUUAUGCCCAAAGCUUGAGAUAUCAUUUUGUAAAGAUUUUAAUUGCUGUGGAGUUUUGCUGCGUGAUCUGCAUGAUUUAUGCCGACACUAUGAAGAAGCACAUGUACGUGUCGAAGAUGAAGGAAUAUUAGUAUCGGGAGCACAUUGUUUGCCGGGAGGAGCACUACCGUGCCGCCCGGGACGCCCGGGAUGGGACGGGAAGGUCAGGGGAGAAGGCUAUGAGACAUAUGGUUUAGAUAUGGAACUUGAUCAGGAAUUUGCAUUUGAUCAUUUGUUUCAAUCAUUAUCAGAUACAGAGAAACAGGGGCAGAAUGUAGUGCCGUUAUCGGUAUCGACACGGGACUUUUUAUUAUCAUCAUCAAAUAUGUCUACGCCGUCGUCGUCUAUGCCGUCGACGCCGACGUUUGACUCAUCACAAGAGUUUCUUGUGGUGGAUAUGGAGGAUACGGAGGGGGCAGUGUUGAAUGGGACGUCAUUGCUGGCAGAGGAGUGGGUGAAACAGCAAAUGAUGAAAAAACAGCGUCAACAAGGGAUUUCAUUGUCGGAUACAGAGUCUCAGGGGACGAUUGACUCGCCAGGAUCGAAUUUUGUGGUGGUGGACAAGCCGUACAAGUGUCCAGUGCCGGGGUGUGACAAGGCGUACAAGAAUCAGAAUGGAUUGAAGUACCACAAGCUUCAUGGGCAUUGUACGUCGACGAUGAUGCUGCAGGAUACGAUUGUUCCUGUUGCAUUUUCAAAUGAAGGGGUGGUGGUGGCGCCGAAGGGGAAUCCCGUUGUUGAGAAUAAGCCGUACAAGUGUGAAUUGUGUAAUAAACGGUACAAAAACCUGAAUGGACUCAAGUAUCACAAGGCACAUUCACAUCGACAAAUAAGUAUGGCUCAAGUGCAAAGGGAAGUAUUGAUGCAGGGCUGGUGACCGCGUUUUGCUGCACAGGUUUCUUUCCUUU